AUGAGGCAUGUGGUGGUGGUGGUUAGCAAUGUGCGGGCGUCCAUUACACGACUGUUUUCUGCCACUAAGGUGGGUGAAGGUGGCGGAGAGGGAGGUCGUCAUGAUGACUCAGAUGUGCAUGGAGCAAGGAGUUCUGGGGAUGAAAAGGACUGUCACAAGUCUGCGGUGUCCACAACUGUCAACUCCGUCUUCGGUGUGAUUGACAAUGCGUCGGCGUGCAGUCUGUUCCCAGAACUGAAGCAUUUGCCACCGAGAGUAGUGACCUUCAUGGACUUCCUUCUGUUGGAGGAUGGCGACACUCACCAUCGGAUGUCCGCCUUUGGCACGUUGGAUGGAUGGAUCGGUGUUGGUCUGGUAGACAUGACGCAACCAGAACUGAAGGCCUUUCACUUCACUUCCCACGACUCGGCCAUCACCGGGCUGAAAUUGUUUCGUCAAUUCGAUCAAGAUUCCACUUCGCCGUCGGAUGUGUCCCUGCUGGUGUGCUCUGGUCUGGAGCCUGUGGUGGUUUAUCGGUGUCCCUUCCAGAACGACGGUAGCAACGGUGGUGGUGGUGGUAAGCUGACCCCGUCCUCCCGACUAGUGCUACCUCACAGUGCUGAUUUCGACCACGUCAACUGUGCUUGUGUGGCCGACCUCGAUUUCGAUGGACUCCCAGAGAUUGUUGUAGGCACUUUCGGUCAGCAGCUGCUCUUCUACGAUUGGUGUGGCAAGCCUCAUUCGCCAACUGAGGGUUCCUACACUUUGGUGCAUCAGCGUCGGAUGGUGGGUGCGGUUCACAGCUUGGAAUGCGGUGGCGAAUGUGACUUUCUUGGUGACGGCAUGUACUGCAUAGCAGUCUUGACAUCUCACGGCCUCCAUCUGCUGCAAUGCGCUCACCUCCUCGACUUUUGUGUGCCUCUCCUCGCCGCGCGUCUUCGUUCUCUCCCCUCCAACUUCCAAUGUUCAUGA